AGGAGGAAGAAGACGCCAUUAGGGGCCGGGGUCCGGCGGCCGCUGGGAGCGUUGUGGUCCUUGGCGUCUUCUUCCCCAGCGGCUUUCCCCUCCGCGGUUUCCGUGGCUCUUUCCCCUUCUCGCUCCCGCCCCGCGAGUUUCCCCUCUCGCUUUCCCGUGGGUCCCCGUCCCGGUAGGGCGGCGGCGCGGCCGCGGUGCGGACCGUUGAUGUGAGGCGGCGGCCCGGCUUGCCGGCGAGGCGCGGAUGGCGGCGGCGGCGGGGAGCGGUGCGGCGGCCGGCGGCCGCAGCUUUUCCUUCAAGGUGGUGCUCCUCGGGGAGGGCUGUGUGGGGAAAACCUCCCUUGUGCUGCGCUACUGCGAGAACAAGUUCAACGACAAGCACAUCACCACCUUGCAGGCAUCUUUCCUUACAAAGAAGCUUAAUAUUGGUGGGAAAAGAGUAAACCUUGCCAUAUGGGAUACAGCUGGUCAAGAAAGAUUCCAUGCGUUGGGGCCCAUCUACUACAGGGAUUCUAAUGGAGCUAUUCUAGUAUAUGAUAUAACAGAUGAAGACUCUUUUCAAAAGGUUAAAAACUGGGUGAAGGAACUAAGGAAAAUGUUGGGCAAUGAAAUCUGUUUAUGUAUAGUAGGUAACAAAAUAGACUUGGAAAAAGAGAGGCACGUUUUGGUUCAGGAAGCAGAAACGUAUGCUGAAUCUGUUGGAGCAAAACAUUAUCAUACUUCAGCUAAACAGAACAAAGGAAUUGAAGAACUGUUUCUUGACCUUUGUAAAAGAAUGAUAGAAACUGCUCAAGUGGAUGAACGAGGAAGAGGCAACGGCUCCAGUCAGUCGGGCACGGCGCGGCGAGGCGUACAGAUCAUCGACGACGAGCCACAAGUACAGAGCAGCGGCGGCUGUUGCUCUUCUGGCUAGCUAUAGAACUGUGCAUCACUGCCCUCUCGAGAUGAAGACUGCCAUAUUCCCAGUCACACCUCCUUUACCAGUGGAGUAAUAGAAUUAACAGUAUUUAAAAGUAAUCACAUGUAACACUGCAGAGACCUUAAGUGCUAAACUAGUGGCGUCCGUGACCAGAGAAUUGGCGUUUUCUACAGUGGUUUAACAAAGCAAUUUACCAAUGGCCUUUUUACAUACCUUUUUUUUUCUCUCUUUAAUAAGGAAUAAUAUGCAUGUAGGAAAAAACAAAACAAAGACCUCCUUAAAGGCUUCAUUUAUAUUCUUUUAAAUCAGAUCAUUAUUUAAUAACUUAUAUUACAUCGUUGUGGAAUGGUAUCUCUGGUUUGUUGCGGUUUUUUUUUGCAGCUCUUUGUAUUUUGUGGUCAAAUUUGAAUUGUUUCACUUGUAAAAAAGAAAAAAAAAACAACCAAAAAAAGGCAAAAAUUAUUUUUUUUUGUUUUUCCUUUCUUAAGUUUUGCAGAUAUCUGAAGUAAUAUUUUUGCAGGGCCUCCACAAGCCUAUAACUGUCGACUACUUGGAUAGAGUCUGUUCCAUCCUGUAUGCCAAGCUGGUAAAACAUAUUGUAAAUGAACAUAUUUAAUAUUUUUUCUGCUCUUUUUUUUGUUUUGUUGUCCAAUUGCAGGUGCAGAAAUAUGUACAUCAGUCUUGUCAGUGAUUGUGAAGUGAAAAAGUCAGUGAAAGAUGCUUUUCAUGUGUACUGUUGAAUUGCUCACUCUGUUUCCCCCCUGCCCCUCAACCUUAAAAGAGCUGUUUUGCUACAUUCAGAGCUGCAGCAGAAUUUAUCUCUCUCUUUUUUUAAGCCUUUUUAUGGUAAGCAACAGUAGAGUAUCCCCUUAGUAGGAAGAGAAUGCUUCCUUGGACUGCUGUUUAACACUGAGAUAUUUGACUCCCAGCUGAAACAGUUGGUGCAUGCACAUAUCUUGCCUCUGCAGUUCUGUUGGCCUCUUGGAAUAGCCCCAGAAAGUCAAAACAACUUCAGCCCUCAUCUGUCUGGCAGCCUUGGUAAGCCAGGUGCUUGGGGAAGCUCUUAAGAUGCACUAAUAUACUUGUGCCUCAAGCCAGCAUUCUAAACUAUUAAUCAGCAUUAUAUUCCCCACCCACUCUGUAUUGCAGGGUGUGAGUGAACAAAUGAAUUGGCACUAACUAGAACUGCUUCUGCUUUGCAGUGAUUAAGUGGAAUUGUAACUUUGGGGUUGAUAGACUGAACUGAACUUAUUCCUGACUUGCUCUUGUGAAGUAUUUUGAAGCCCACUUAAGUUCUGGGAGGAGAGUUUUCAGAACAAGUGUAUGAACUACUAUCCCAAAGGAACACAAAUGGUGGUAGCUGAAACUUCAAAGUGUUUUGUGCUCUGACUUCUUUUUUACUUAAGUUGUCAUGCUUGGAAAAACAGUAAAGGUGAUGUCUAUGACAAAAUAGAA